AAGUAAUUUGGACCUGAGAGUCCAUCUUGUCAACAUUUUGCCAAAGCGCUUAUUUAUGCGGAUCGCGUAAAAUUGUUUAAUUGUAUGCUAUCUGAGACUAAGGUGCACGGCUACACGCCAUAACUUCUUGCAUCUUAUAUGUUACUUUAUUUUUUUUCAUCUUAGCUUUUUUCUUUGGACUCACGAAGAUCCUGCAAUGGAUUUGCUGUGGCGCUCCUGUAUUGUAGCGACUGUUUGCGUUUGGCUGACGUCUGGCGAGAGACACAGUGUUUUCUGGAACAGCACUAACCCAAAGUUCCAAUGGGGCGAUUAUGCCGUGAAGGUGCGCCUGAACGACUAUCUGGACAUUGUGUGUCCACACUACCCACUGGGUGAGGUGGCAUCACAGGACGCCGAGCGCUACGUGCUCUACAUGGUGGAGCGGGGUGACUAUGAGGCCUGCCGACCGCAGUCGUACGAGCAGCUGCGCUGGGAGUGCGACCAUCCAUUCGCGCCUCAUGCCCCUGAGAAAUUCUCUGAGAAGUUCCAGCGCUUCACACCCUUCACACUGGGCAAGGAGUUCCGCCCGGGCGAGAGCUACUAUUACAUCUCUAAGCCUCUACACCACCAUGGACAGGAGUGUUUGAAGCUGAGGGUGGAUGUGGUGGUCAAUGACGGAUCCCAAGAAGCUAGGGUUGGUCCAGGCAGAGGAACUAAGACCGGAGCCGGAGGAGCUCAUACGCCCUCCAACAGGUUGCCAGCAGAUGAUCCUGUCAUAGACCUACCAGAGGUGCAGAAAAGUGUGCGAAGGAACUCUGCAGUCACAACAGCAUCAUUGCCUGCUCUUACAGCAUCACUCUCUGUACUGCUGCUCUUACUGUGAGAUCUUUUAAAGGACUACACAUCCCAAUAGACUCAUCUCUAAGACUGUAUUGAUGCUGGCCUGUGUCAACCAAAACACACAGGAGUUCUCAAAAGCCCAGUGCUGGCCACUAGGGACAGGAACACAAGUGCUCUCCAAUGCUGUCUGGUCCAAACUGCAAUAGUUCCCUUGAUUUGGGGGUGGGAUGGAGGGCUUUAUAACUCUCUUAACUUUUUACAUCUGGGAAAGUAACUGGCAGUAUACAGAUGAAAUUAAGGCAGUAUUUUCUUUCUGUCAGGAUGCUCCAAAAGGGAUGUAUAGGGAACUUACUCUGACCUUUCCCAUCUUUUGUUUUAUAUGUAACUUUUCGACAAACCUAAACCAUGGGAAAAGUGACCAAUCCAUACAGGAGCAAUGAAACAUGAGCCACUGGUGAGAUAAACAGAGAAGGCUACAAGUGGUGUGCGAACAAAGGCAACGUUCUAAGGUAACAGGACAUGAGUCAGUGAACUCUGGAACCAAAGGGCCACCGAACUUCUCACUAAAGAUCAGACCUUAUUGUUAUUGGCUCGCUUUGUGUUAUUGCAGUGGGAUCCCUCCAUGUAGCAACAGAGAAAUGGGGUCCCAUCGUCGUAGGGUUGCCUGGACCAAGUGCUGACCUCAGUACUAAUUGGAAGGACGGUGCACAGGACACACACUAGUGCUGUAGUUUACCAUCGGCACAUUCUACCGCAGACAGGCUCAGUUUAGAUCAACAGACACAACCUGUUUUACCUUUGUACAUGUUUUUUUAUUUUUUAAAUGUAAUAAGUUAUGAAAUGUGAUACAAAGUAAAUUACUGUAUAUAAAGAACAAAAGAUUAAAAUGUUUACUGAGAGAGAGAGAGCAAGAGAGAGCGCGCAUGCCCCUGAGAGUGUGAGUAUGGGUAAAUGUGUGCAUGAUCAAGGAAGAGAAGGAGAAAAAGAGAACAGGAAGAAAUCAUGUUGAUACACAGCCAGAUACACAGAUUCCCAGAUUUUGUGCAUGUGGGUGUGUGCAUGUGUGUGUACAUGUUAGUGGGGGAUCAGUGGUGGGCAGGCCUGCCAAGUUUGGUCAUCUUUUACACUGAAAAACAUGCACAUGCGUGCACACACACAACCACACACACUCUCACACACACACACACAGCUCCUUUUUUCUUCUGAGCAUCUUAAAAAGGACCACAUUUCUUUAUCAUAAAGAAUAAAGUUCUAAUAAUCAUUUUGAUUUUGUCUCAGGUCUCUCCAUCAAUUUGACAUUCAGAUAACCUGCAAUGUAAAUGGCCAGAAUAUAAUCCAAUAGAUUUAUGAAUUAAUAGUUCAAGUACAGUACUUUAACAUGUAUUGGUCAGCCCAGACCUAUUAUUACACAACACACUUCUCCAAUACUAAAAAGGCACUAAUCACUCAAACUGACAACACAGCAUCCUAUGUAGCUGUUGUAGCAAAGCUCUAGAAAGGUUGUUUAUAUGACUGACAUAACUGUCCUUGAGUUGCUCCAAUCCUUUUUUUCCCUCAUACCUUUAUUUUGUAUGUGUUAUGUAAAAUGUAUAUUAUGUAUAUAUAGAGGAUUAUAUAAAAGCGAAUAAUGUGAAAUUCUUUUGUGAAAUAAAUAUUUUUUGGAAAAUGA